GCACAAGUUGUGUGAGUUGAGGCUCGGCUAUUGGCACGACUUCGGCGUCGUUCUCUCUGCUUCUGGAGUUCACGGAAGUGUUACAAUAAUAAUAACGAUAUUUUAAAAAACCCAAAGCGUCGACCAUGGACAAGCUUCGGCGGGUGUUAAAUGGUCGAGAGGAUAACGAGGAGCUCGGGUUGACUUCGCAGGUCCUGGAUGCCUCCACGCUCAGUUACAGCACAAGGAUUAAAUGGUUCAUCAUCUGUUUUGCCUCCGGCAUCCUGUGCUCCAUACUGGGCACUGCACUACUUUUCCUGCCCAAAGGAAUGCAGAUGUUUGCAGUAUUUUACACCUUAGGAAACCUUGCAGCUCUAGCCAGCACCUGUUUCCUGAUGGGCCCACUAAAACAGCUGAAGCGCAUGUUUGAGCCGACCAGACUCAUAGCCACCUGUGUCAUGCUGCUGUGCCUUAUCCUGACUUUAUGUGCAGUCUUUUGGUGGAAUAAAAAGGGGCUGGCUAUCAUUUUCUGCAUUUUACAGUUCUUAGCUAUGACAUGGUAUAGCAUCUCAUACAUUCCUUUUGCUCGGGAUGCAGUCAUAAAGUGCUUCACUUCAUGUUUGGGCUAAAGCUGCUUUUCUUAGCAACCCAUGUAAUGUCCAAGUGCAUUAAAUAUUUACAGUACAUAGUAAUUAUGUAAAAUAUUUUAUCGCAAAGAAUAUUUCAUUUUAUUUGUGCUAAUAUAUACCACCGUACUUUAUACUUUUGAAAAAUAUCAGACAUCCUGGAGAUUACAUUUUGCAUUAAAAUAAACAUUCAUCAGCAAAUUGUUUUUUUUUUUUGCAGCAUCUGUAUGUGUGUAUUCUGGGUGAGCAAAUGGUGUUUGCCCUAAAUGAACAAAUAUUUAAGUGUUGGUGGUGCGGGACUGCUGUUGGAAGUGCCAAAAACUGUGCCUUAUUUCUCGGUCUUCCUUUGUUUAUUAAAUUUGUGUAUUUUACACAACAUAUUUUUAAUAAUUUACAGAGUAAUCUGUUUAACACUGCACUCCUUGUAAUAAAUGCAGUUCUGCGCUA